AAUGCCACAGUUAUCUGGAGGAGGCGGCGGAGGUGACCCGGAACUCUGUGCAAAUGAUGAAAUGAUCCCCUUCAAAGAUGAGGGGGACCCCCAAAAGGAGAAAAUCUUUGCAGAAAUCAGUCACUCUGAGGAAGAGGGAGAUUUGGCUGAUAUUAAGUCAUCUCUGGUAAAUGAGUCGGAGAUAAACCCAAACAACAACCACCACGAGGCAGCUAGACGAGUGCUGCAGGAUUCUUACCAUGAGAAACACAGAGAACACUGUGAUGAUGGUAAGUAUAAAGUGUUUCAAGGGAGUAUACUGGCUGCAAUCUUUAUCCAGUGGUGUAGGGCAAUGGCUGUUGUGUAG